AUGACGGUUUUCCUGCAAGGUAUGCCUGGCGGGCGGUUUUCAAAUCUGUCAGGAAGCGGACAGAAACCGGGCUGCACCCGUGAUGAAUAUAUAGAAACCGGAUGGACAUCAUUUAAGUCUCGCAGCUCAGAUGUUCCGGUGGAACAGGAUCUUGAUACUGUUAAUAACGAUUAUGAUGGUAGUGAUAACUAUGAUGAUUGUGGUGUCGAUGUUGGUGGUGAUGAUAAUGAUAAUGAUUGCGUUGAAAGUAAUCUAGAUGUUGAUGAAGGUGGUAAUAUUGAUUUUCGUGACGAAGGUGGUGCUGGUGAUGACGAUGAUAAAUGUUGUGAUGGUGUCUGUGCUGUUGAUGACAGUGUUUGUGGUGAUGAUGAUGAUGAUGUAGACGAUGAUGCUGCUGCUGGUGAUUAUGGUAUUGGUAAUGAUAACGAUGGUGAUGAUGGUGGUGGUGGUGGUGGCAGUGAUGAAGUUGAAGAAGAUUAUGAUAUGUUUUAUGGUUGUGGCGAUAGCUGUGUUUAUGAUGAUAAUGACGAAGUAUAA